UUCCACCAUGUUUACUGCUAUGUUAACAGCAGCAAAAAAAUCCUGAAGUUUUGGGUAAAGAACUAGAUUGUUUUAGCUUUUAAACAACUAAAUCGAUAGGGAUGGCUCUUUUAAAACGUGAUGAUGGAGAAACUGCUAAAUUAUCGAAGAAAUCUAAAGUGUGUGUUUUAGACGAAGACACUUACGAACAGUCACUAGAUAAAAUCAUCCAAAGAGAUUUCUUUCCGGAAUUAAAAAAGAUAAGAGCACAAAAUGAAUAUCUUGAUGCAACAGAGAACAAUGAUGUGGAAAAGCUAAGAGAAAUAUCUGAAAGAUACCAAGUACUAUGUACACCCAAUGGUCGUCCUCCUGAGUCUCCAGCAUCUUUCGAGACACCAAGCACUGUGCAUUGGUCACCAGGAAAAACUACAGCACCAAGAGAAGAAAGUCAUAAAGACAAGCAAACCAAGAACAUCAAAGAAAGCCAAAUGGCAGACCCAUCAGAUGAUACUCUGGAUGUAUUUCUGGCAAAACAUACGAGUGAAGAUAAUGAUUCCUUUGAAGAAAUCAUGGAGCAAGCUAGAGUACGGCAAAAAGAAAAAUAUGCAUGGUUGUAUAAAAAAGAAGAGGAACAGACAAGGAAAAGUCGGAAAAGUCUUGCCUUAGCUGAACCAAAACAAGGAGAUGAACUGCUACAGGCUGAACGUCCUGCAAUGAUAGACACAUGGACUUACAAAAACAAAAAUGCUCUAAUGUACUGUCCUGAAGGAGUGGAAGAAUCUGUCAAGGAUAUUAUUGACAAUAGAAAACAUAAAAAACAGGGAAUCAGUCAUAAAAAUACUGGCUUUACUAAAAAUCCAUUUCCAGAUCAUGUUUGUAGUGAAUCAUUAGCGUCUGCUGCUGCUUGUAAAUUAGCUAGUCAGCCAGGAAAAAUUGGAGUUGAUGGAAUUGAAGACAAAGUAUCUGCUAGUCCUCAGGUUAAUGGAUAUGGCUUUGUAGCUGCUACACCUACAGUUGAGCCAGGAGUGGAUGCCUCACCACUAAUGACUUGGGGUACAAUUGACGGAACACCAUUCCGUCUGGAUGGUAGUGACACUCCAAGACCAGCAGCAACACCAGGACCCACUUUCAAGAUGCCAGAGCCAAAGAAAAGGGAGCAGUUAGGGCUGGCUCUUGCAGAAAAAGUAACCAAGAAAUAUAGAGAAAAAACAAGAGAAGCACGUGCUCAGGCAGCAGCCAUGAUUGGCAAGAGUCCUUAUGCAAAUAAGAUGGAACGUUUGAAUACCAUGUCUCCUGCAGCCAAGCGUCUUGCUUCUCAAAGAUUUGGCAUCAAGACUGGAGCAGAUCAAGCAUUGCGUGCUAGUUAUGCUACACCAUCGCCAUCACACAGAGUCAAUACUCCUAAUACAUACAAUACACCUUGUACUCCUGCCACAUCUAACAACACUACACCAUCAAGAGAUUUAUCUUUAACCGAUGAUUUGCUGAAGUUACCCAAACGGUAGCUUGACAUAACACAAAUUUCUUGACUUGUGAAGUGAAUUUUUAGUAUCCCCAUGAUAAUUAAUGUACCCAGAAAAACGAUAGAUAUUUUGCCUAAGCCAUUCUUUCUCUCAUAAGCAAGCUGUAACAUUAUAAAAAAGGGGUGGACAAUUAGCUUAUCUAGUAUGAAGAUUGGUCAAGCUUUUCACAGAAUAGCAUUUUAAUACUGUAUAGCAUUUAGAAAAGUUCAACCUUGUGUAAUUUAAAGUCUUAUGUAUUAUUGAUUUGACUUGCAUAAAGCCUCAAAUUGCCUACCAACCCAAUGACCUUUACAAUGUGUGAUAACAGUAAUACAAUGAUUACAUUUGAA